UUAAAAUUAUUGUACUAACGUUCCUCAUUCAACAUGGGUAUACCAAAGUUUUAUCGCUACAUAAGUGAAAGAUAUCCUUGUCUUAAUGAAACAUUGAAGGAACAUCAGAUGCCUGAAUUUGAUAACUUAUAUUUAGAUGUGAAUGGUAUCAUACAUGGAUGUUCACAUCCAAACGAUGCAGAGGUUUCUUUUCGUAUCACAGAGGAAGAUAUAUUUAAAAAUAUAUUUCGUUAUAUUGAAUUACUGUUUCGCAUGAUUCAACCUCAGAAGCUAUUUUUCAUAGCAAUUGAUGGUGUAGCACCACGUGCAAAAAUUAAUCAACAAAGAGGCAGACGUUUUAGAGCUGCAAAAGAUGCAGAAAUUCAAGAAGCAAAAGCAAGAGCUGAAGGUAUUGAAAUACCUAAAGAGAAAAGAUUUGAUUCAAAUGCUAUAACUCCAGGGACAGCUUUUAUGUAUAAAGUUAAUGAACACUUAAGGUAUUUUGUUACAUACAAAAUUUCAAGUGAUAAACUUUGGCAGAAGUGUAAAGUCAUAUUCAGUGGGUCCGAGGUUCCUGGAGAAGGAGAACAUAAAAUAAUGGACUAUAUUCGUUACAUGAAAGCACAACCAGAUUAUGAUAUACACACUAAACAUUGUUUAUAUGGUUUAGACGCGGACUUAAUAAUGUUAGGGUUAUGUACUCAUGAAUUACAUUUUACAUUAUUGAGAGAAGAAGUAACGUAUGACAAAAAGCAAACAAAAAUUUUAACUCCAGAGAAGACAAAGUUUUGUCUUUUCCAUAUAUCUCUUUUAAGAGAAUAUAUAAAUCACGAGUUCUCUCAAUUGAGAGAAAAGUUAUCUUUCUCUUAUGAUUUAGAGAAAAUUAUUGAUGACUGGAUUUUAAUGGGAUUUCUUGUAGGGAAUGAUUUUAUUCCACAUUUACCAAAUUUACACAUUACGCAUGGCGCAUUAUCAAUUCUGUACGAAGUGUAUAUAGAUGUAUUGCCAACAUUAGAAGGAUAUAUAAAUGAAGCAGGAACUCUAAAGUUAGAUAGAUUUGAAAAAUUUAUGGAAAGACUUAGUUCUUUUGACAUAUUAAAGUUUUCUGAACAUUAUGCGGAUCUAAAAUACCUUGAAGGUAAAAUGGGGAGACCCCUUACUGAAACUGAAAAAGUUAAUCAUAGAAAGUCGGAAAGUAGUGAACAGAAUUCGUCCCCAAAAAAAGCGCAAGAUAAGCGAUUCAAUGCUUUUAUUAAAGCUGUAGAUGAAAUGUCAAUAGGAACUGAAGAUGAACUAAGAGAUGACGAGUCUGAUAGCGAGACUUAUACUAUGGAAUUUGUUCAACAUAAAAGAGAUUAUUACAUAAAUAAGUUAAAAUAUGAAGAAAUUGACGAAGAUUUUCUACGUUCCCAAGCUGAAGGAUAUGUUACAGCACUUCAAUGGAAUUUACAUUAUUACUACAAUGGAUGUUGUAGUUGGACGUGGUACUAUCCACAUCACUAUGCACCUUAUAUUUCAGAUAUAAAAGAUUUUAAAAACUUGAAGUUAGAAUUUGAAUUAGGAGAACCAUUUUUACCAUUUGAACAACUACUGGCUGUGUUACCACCUUAUAGUAAAGAAUUAUUACCAUCAGCCUUUCAACCCUUAUUGACUGAAGAACAAUCUCCUAUAAUUGACUAUUACCCCAUGGAUUUUGAAACAGAUUUAAAUGGUAAAACACUAGAGUGGGAAGCUGUUAUACUUAUCCCAUUUAUAGAUGCAACAAGACUAGUAGAUGCAAUGGCGCCACAUUAUGACAAAUUAACUCCAGAAGAAAAGGCAAGAAACAAGCAUGGACCAAUGUACUGCUAUACUCAUACAGAGGAAAAUUUGGGUGUUUAUAAAGCAGUUGAAUAUUUUCCUGAUAUUAUUAGUCAUGCAAAAGCGUUGGCAAUAAAUCGUGAAGAUCUUAUUGUUCCAGAGGAAAAAUUAGUCAAAGGACUGUGCCCUGGUGUACAAAUAGAAUUAUAUUAUCCUGGUUUUCCUACGCUACGAUAUAUAGAACAUACUGCGACUUUGGAAAAGGCCAAGGUCAAGGUAUUCCAGAGGCAAUCGUUGAGAGAGAGUAUGAUUUUACACUUAACACCGCCAUCUGAACUAGAUUUAACCACCAUAGCAUCUGAAUUAUUAGGUAAAACUGUGUUCGUAAACUGGCCUCAUUUAACAGAAGCCCAAGUAACCGGAGUUUCCAAUUGUGAUACAAAAUUAAGCUUAAUAAAUCCACAAAUGGAUUACUGUAACGAAAAUAUAAACAAAGAAGAAUUGAAAGGUUCACUGGUUACACAGUGGAACAUGAUAAAGAAACAUAUCACUGAAACUUACAUCGGUCGUCUUGGAAUAGAAAUUGGGAAGAUUAAUGUUUUAGUAUACGUACGACCAUUCAUCGGCAGUAAAUACGUCUUUAGCAAUCAUACAAAGUUGUAUCUUGAAAAACAGUGGUCGGAAAUGCAGACGGUUCAUGCUUAUCAAACAAUAGUCAAGGACAUCUCGGUUCAUUGUCCGGACGUAGUAUUGUAUAAGACUGUUGAUGAUAUUUUUGUACCGGGAUCCAUUUGCUUCAUGUUAGCGCAUCCAUAUUAUGGUGCGAUGGGAAAAGUCCGCGAUCCUGCAAUUUAUAAAAAAUCUGGUAGGAUAAACGUGUUUGUGAUUACGAUGUUGGAGCCUUCGUUGGAUUGGGUAAAACAGGUUCAAGCGGAUAUUAGAACUCAAUACAUGCAAGGAAGUAUAGCUGCAAGGCGAUUAGGAAUAAGUAGUCUACUUUUAAGCAAAAUCACUGGUACAAUUUAUGUUAAAAAGUCCCCAGACGAAUUUCAAACAGAUGAUACGAAAUAUAAUAUUGGAUUAAAUUUAAAAUUUACUAAGAAGAAUGAAGAGAUACCUGGUUACACUAGAAAAGAAAAUGGUCAAUGGUUGUAUAGUUCCAAAGUAAUUGAUUUAAUUCGUGAUUAUAUGGUAAAGUGUCCUGACUUGUUCGAACGCUUAUCGCAGAACAUAACUAAUGAUUUCUUCAUGGAAGAAAAUUUAUUUAACAAAGACACCGGAGAAAUGAGUGAUAUAAUGGCAUGGUUAAAGGAACAGCUUCAAGGAGUAGAAAAUCGUGCCUGUGGAGUGGAAGCCUUGGAUCCUUCCGUAGUAAAAAAUAUCGAAGAAGAAGUAGAUGCGUUUCUCAAAACACAAAACAAUACUAAUAGAAUUGUAGAGAUGCAAGUGAAGCCGCAUUUACUUUUUAAGCCUGAUUUACAUUUACGUAAUGUUCCUCCUGAUCCAAAGGCACAGACUCGUUUAUUAGAUCGCAUUUGUUGCGUUAAAGAAAAUUUCACUGUUCCUCUUGGCUACAAAGGUACUGUAAUUGGGCUACAGAAGAUGGAAAACUUUUUAGACACUAUGUACGAUGUUGUCUUUGAUAAAACAUUUGUAGGUGGAUUCAGUGUAGGCGGAUGUUCAGAAUUUCGCGGGUAUCGCUUAGGGCCGACCGAUUUUAUAAAUAUCAGCUAUGGUCAGAGGAUAAAGCAUGGUAAAGCGGGUACGCCGGAAACGACCGCGGAAUCUAUAGACGCAUCGAAGCUCGCAUCCAAUCAGAAAGCUCAAUCGUGCGCAAACGCAAGCGCUUUCGCAUCGUACAGGAAGAAAAAUAAUCUGCCAGCGGAACCAUCGACGUCGCCGAAGUUGCGGAUCAUCCAGAAGAAUACUGAUGAUACGAGUCAGAAUAUUCAGUUGUCGCCAGCCACUAACCUUUAUAAAUGGAAGCGAUACAACUCUCAGGAUCCUCAGAAUGUUGUGAACGUUCGAGAAACUUACAGAACGGACAGAGAUGUCCAACAAAAUACGCCCUCUCAAAACACACAGUAUAAACCAUCAACAAUGAAGCCAACAUCUGAAUUCCAAGCAUUGUGGAAUGAAUUACACAAGAUACAGAAGCCUAGUGAAACUGUUCCACAAGCCUCAAUGGGUUCAAAGGUGAAACCAGUCACUAAAAAUUUCCCUGAGAAUUCUCCACAAGAUCCUAGCGCUUUCUUAAAAGCAAUGUUAAAAAUUUCUGAUGGGAAUACGCAACAAAAUGCACAGGCGGGAAUAUCAAAAACACCUUUCAACUUUAGUGUUCCACAAGAAGAAAAUAAAACGUUAGAUACACCUCCAUUAGUGCAACAGUUAUUUGAUCAUGCAAGGCAAACUGAAAAAGUGAAAGAUGAAAAGACAUCGAUUUGGUAUUGUUCACAGUUAUUGAAUUACUAUCAACUUAGCGGAGUAGGGAUGCCACGAUACAGCUAUUUCACAGACGGAGAAACUAAUUUGAUUCGUGCGCAUAUUCUUUUACCAGAUAAGAGAGUAUUUGUAGGAGAUCCUUGUGUGAAUCAGCAGGAAGCAGCAGGAAGUGCUGCAAAGAAAGUUUAUAGGGAACUAAAAUUAGCUAAUGUACUACCAAAUAUGAAAAUACUUCUACCCCCUCCGCAACAUUGGUACUCUAGUCGACAAAAUAGUUCUUGGUUACCGAAUGUACGGCCAGCGUCAACGGUAUCUUAUCCGCACUACCCUCCAAAACCUCAACCUCCUCCACACUUUCCACAAUGGACUCCAAAAACACAACACAAUCAGGGAUAUCAACAAGCAUCAGGGGUAAUCAAUACACCAAGUAAUCAAUACAAGUCACGAUCAAAGCUGAAUCAUAACGAAACGAAGACUGAAAUAAAGAAUCCCACAUCGUUCGUUCCCUUACAAGCUCAAAAGAAAAGUAGAAAUAUCACUAACAAGCAAACUGGUAAUAAGGAUACUAAUCAGUGUGCCAAAGACAAUCUUCAGUCAGUAGUGCAACAAAAGAAAAAAGAACUGCCAACAAAGACGAUAAAAGAAACUGAAACAGGCAGUACAACUAGUGAGAAACCGAAACAAGCACAAAGUAGUUCGCAACAAGUACAAAAUACACAAAAUGUAAUAAAGCCUAAGAAGUCGCGGGUUGCCGCGAAGUUUUGUAUACCGUCGCAAACAGAAGAGAAUCACAGUAAAAAUACUACUUAAGAGGAGUAUAUAGUGUAACGGACACAUGUAAAGAAUAUAAAAUCACGGUGUUUGUUUCUUCUUUCUUCGCUUUUUUAUAUUUUGUAAUAAAAAAUUCCACGUGAAAUACUGAUUUAUCGCGAGCAAGACAAUAUUCGUGAUAAAUUGGCAUAAAACUACAUUAAAAUCGAAGUAAUCAUAGUGUAUAUAAUACUCAAUUGUAAGUAUUUUUAUUUUAGAUUUUCUUUAAACAAUAUUGGCUCGUUGUAAAUGAAACUAGCGUUAAAGAUUAGGAUAAACGUAAGUUUGAUUUAAUAUAGAACGAUGUAAUGAAAUUAAAAUGAUGUUUAUAUAAACGUUUCAAUGUUGCGUGAGAAACAGUAUUGUAUAAGAACAAACCAUACAAGAAUCGCUAUUAAUGUAGUUUAGUAUAUUGGUUACAGACAGCUGUGAAAUGUGAUCAUUUAAUUUAGAUUUAUACCAAGAAAUGGAAGGAAAUAUUUUAAGUCUAAUCAACUUUUAUGACUAUGUCAUUUUUGUGCGCUUUAUAUUUUGUUGACCCUUUAUUUGAGAUUGUAUAAUCAUUGAUUUAUAAAGAGGGAUGUAUAGCAUGGCAGUGAAUUAUGUAAAAAAAUCAAGAUUGCUAUAAGGAAAAAAUAAACGUACUGUAUUUGUAAAUGUUUAAAACGUAUCAGUGAUGAAUGAACAAGAAUAAAAAGACAGUGUAUUAUGUAAUAUAA